AUGAAAGCCCCCCUUCAGCGAAAUGAUAGCGAGGAUUCAUUAAUUGAAGCGUUUGAAACCACCUUGACAAUCAAACCAAGUACCACUGAGUAUGAAGAUAAUGACAUAUCCAUCGACCAUACCGUGUUGCCCAACUCAACCGUCAACUAUACUCGAGAUACGGCGAGUAUGGUGGAUAUUGAAGAGUUGGAGGAGAAUGAACGACUUGAAGAGCAAAUACCGAAAUUUAAAACCAACAGAAGAUACAGUUUACUUCCGACAAAGACCGCAUUCAAGAAAAUUGGGUCACCUGGGUUGGAAGAAUACUAUGUUGAGCAAAAACUUGAUCCAAAAUUUCAUGACAUUUUGAAACCCAGUGCACUCAUUGAUGAAAAGUUGACCAAGUAUCAUCACACGUUUAGUGAUUUUAUUGCAUCAAAUCCACAUAUUCAUAAAGAGUCACCUCGUUUUCAGCGUAGUUCCGAAAAGACAUUGGUCAUAUUGUCUCCGUAUAGUCCCGAACAUGCAUUUGGAAGAAAAUGGGUAACAAAGUCAUACUUGUCAACGAUUUUCGAACGACCUCAACGUUUACUUGCAAGUUGCAUCGGAGUAGCCUCGGCAAUCACAAUGUACCCGUUCUACUACAAAUUGAUCAACUCAACGAAAAGAAGUUCCAUCUUUGCAUCACAUGUAAGGAAAAUCCAUGGACGAAAUUGGCCCAAAAAGUUGUUUGAACUAUGCUUGGAAAGCCACGAAAAGUUGACUAAUGAUGAGAUUGAAGUUCCCGAGGAUUGGAAUACUGGUGAUAUCUAUCUUACGCCAAAGACUAUAAAUGCGAUCGAAGGAGUAAUUGGCACCAUUGAAACUGCUGUUGAUAGUUUAUUCAAGGCCCUGUCACCAUCGCCUCGUGCUAGUAUCGAGACAUCAACGUCAUCGUCGACCAAUCAUGAUUUAGCGUUUGUGGUGAUACGCCCACCGGGGCAUCACAGUCAUGCUUGUCUACCCAGUGGUUUUUGUUUACUAAACAAUGUACAAAUUGGGAUAGAAUAUGCAUUUGAAACAUAUGGUGUGACCCAUUGUGCCAUAUUGGAUAUUGAUUUGCAUCAUGGAGAUGGCUCACAAGAUAUCUGUUGGGAAAGAGCUGGCUUUACAGGAGAUUAUGGACAACAAGCUGAAGACGAAGUUGAUGACCCAUCGUUGAAUCCUCGUAAUGAGUAUGGUAAAAGGUUUGCUACGUUCCCUAAAGUCGGGUAUUUCUCACUUCAUGAUGUCAAGUCAUACCCCACUGAGUUGGGAUUUGCCACAAAGGAAAAUAUCAAGAAUGCAUCCACGUGUAUAAUGGACCAUGAUUUGAAUAUUUGGAAUGUUCAUUUGCAAAAUUGGAAUACUGAAGAUGAGUUUUAUAAACAUUAUCAAACGAAGUACGUGGCGAUUUUAAACCGUGCCAAUCAAUUUUUGAACCAAUCUCAAAAACAACAUGAACAAGAGUACGAAGAGUACUUGACUCAGUUGAGCAAGUACAACAAGUACUUGCAAAAACCACAUCUCUACCCAGCAUCAUCCAACCCCAAAGCGGAAAAACCAACACCACCACCAGCUUACAAACCAUUGAUCAUUAUAUCAGCUGGGUUUGAUGCUUCCGAAUACGAGGAUCCUCAAAUGCAGCGACAUGGCAUUAAUGUCCCCACAUCAUUUUAUGCAACAUUCACCAAGGAUGUGGUUAAGUUGGCCAAAAUCCACACCGAGGGAAAGGUGAUUUCAUUUCUUGAAGGGGGAUAUAGUGAUGGGGCUUUAACAACGGGGAUUUUUUCACACCUUAUUGGAUUGAACAAUGACGACGACCUCUUAUGGAAUCAAACAUGGGGAUCAGAACAAGUUGUUAAGGAAUUAGUUAAAGGAUGCAAGAAGAACUGGACUCCCUAUAAGAACCCCAAGAGCGACAUCACUGUUUGGGCCAAUGAAGUUAUUAAAUUGGGGAGAUCGAUGAUGCCUAAUGCAAUAUUACCGGCAAAUUACAUAUAUCGAGACCAGUCUAAGGAGAAAGAUAGUAUCAAUGGGAAGCCCAUUAAUCGAAUGGUGAAGGAUCUUUUGGAUGGUGGAGUUGGUGUUAUUGAUUCUCCAAAGGGGAAAAAGACUGAUGAUCGUGACGAUUUUAAAAAGCCAGUUAGACAUACUAGAUCUUAUUAUAAAACAGUUUAA